CGUGUGUGUUGAAAAUACUAAAUUGAGUAUGGGUGUUUUUCACUAUUGCUUUUUGAUAAAUUAAUAGAUCCUAUAUAUAUCGUUUAUUUUUAACUUGGAUUUUCCCUAUGGGCGGAGCUUAUGCAGUAAACAAAGGCAUGCAUAUUCCUUCAGCGUAAAACAACAGCUAAAACUAUGAAUUUGAUUAUCCUGCUGAUGAAUUUUUUGAUGUUUUUUUUAUAAAUAGUAUAUACAUACCUCAUACAUAUCUUUAAUUUGACACUUCCACUCUCCCUUUCUUAAUGUUGACAGUAUUGUCUGCUUGACCUAGUUGUCGUCUGCAAAUCUCGUGCAACGAGAAUCUUACUCUUUAAAACGUUUCAAAUAUUCAGAUAAGGGUUAAUAUUUUUCAAGGAGUAGAUUGACGUCGAUGAGCUGUCAAAUAUGUAUCGGACAAAAUUCAAGAAAAAAGAACGUUUCAUUUGUGAAUGCUGCGAUUUUUCCACUGACCGAUUUAAUAACUACAAGCGACACUGUGAAACAAAAAAACACAGAGAUUGUUUAGAUUUAACAAAUCACGAGGAAACUCUCUCAGUUAGCGAUAUUUAUCAGGAUCAGCGAUCACAGGCCGAUGUUGAUCUGACAAGUUCUGAUUCUACAGACUAUGCUAUAGACAGCGAUGGCCCAUCUUGUUGUGAUUAUAUUGAAGAUCACAGCGUCACUUCAGAUUCUGAUGAAACAAAGGGAAACAAUUCAAAGCAAAUGCAACACGAAGUUUUGGACGAUGACGAUGAUGAAGAAAUCGAUACAAGGAUUACGAACGACCAAGAGUCCGAGCCAUCCGACUGGUUUCCAUUCGAAUCUAAGUUGCAUUUUCUUUUAAGUGUUUUACACAGCUCUAAAACUCACCGAGUUAGUGACGAAACACUCUCAUUUAUUCUCUAUAUUUUGAGAGAGUGUUGUGUAAAAAAUGUACCUUCAUUGGCUAAAAUCAAGUCAUUUUGGACAGAAAAUCUUAAACUGGAUGAGAUGAUACAACAGAAUACAGAUGAAAAUGGGAAUAUCCAUUGGAUGGUCAAACCAUCUGCGAUGCUUCAAAUGCUUAUAGCAAAUCCUAGCACUGCAUAG